GAUCAAGUGGUACAGAUGACUACCAAAUAAAGUCGCAAAUAAGCAGAGCGAAACCAAAGGCAAAGAGGGUUUUGCGUAAACCAGAGUUCUUGUCUAGUUUUGUACUUCUGACUUAACAUUUCUUCCUGAUGGAGGAGCCAGCUAAAAGGCCUUUAGAUGAUAUAGAAGCUGCAGCAGCAGCACAGUCAAAUGCUCCGCCCUCUUACGGUGGCACCGAGACAGGGGGUCUGCCGUCAUACCAAGAGGCAACAGAGCCACCUCCACCAUACUCAUCACUCUUUGGUGAGAUAAAAGAUGUGAGAAGCAGGUCAUCAUCAGUGUUUGACUUCCUGCUGAAGCUUAUUAUUCUCCUGGUUGGCACAAUUGGAUGCACUGUUGCUAUUGCUCUAAUUAUGGCUAUCCCAAUCGCUAUGAUUGUUAUUGGUGCGAAAUACAAGAACCAAUGUCCCAUUGAGGACAAAAUCCCAAUCUACCUGAUUGUCGGUGGCUCUUUUGGGAUCUUUCGAAACUUAGUAUCACUGUGCCAGCGAGCAAGGAAGAAAGAGGGGGAAGAGGAAGAACAGAAGCGCCGUAACCCAUUAGAGUCUGUCCUUGACUGCUUUUUGACAGCCUGGUUUAUCGCCGGCAAUGUCUGGAUUUACUCCAACUACCAGCCAAACUAUGACCCUUCUUCAGGGAACGCGUACUGUAAUCAAACCCUGUACCUGUUUGCAUUCUGGUUGACAACAGCUACAUACAUCAUGCUAGGUACCAUCUGUUUCUGUUUGUGCUGCGUUGGUAUCUGUGCCGCUGCGAUCUCUGAGUCUUAGGAUUGUGAACUACUGUAAGGUAAAAUUUGAUUAAACAGAGUUGAAUACCAUUCUUUUCUAGGACAUUGGUAUUAUCAUGGCACAAUGUGUGCUAGUGAAAACCUUUAAAAUAGUCAAGCAAUAUGUUAAGAAGUAUAGUGUUAAUGAUAUAAUCAGCUGUAAGAAAACUAGAAACUGUGAUUUUGUGUUUUGUCAGAAUUGUUUGACUUGGUCAACCUAAUAAUUAUUUCCCUAGCAAUGAAAUCAUUAGGUAAAUGUUCGUUGUCUAAGUAUAUGGGAUACAUAUCACUCGCAGUAAAAGUAAGGCAAUUAGGGUGUUUCUUGAUAUGAUGAUCCACUAUUUCCAAUUCCAAGCUGUUUCUGUUUUUGACUUAUUUGAGGUUAACAACGAAUAUGCAUUUUUUCUUCAUUAAACUGAAUUUGAUAGAUUUGUUUUUAUGACGACCAUGGUAAUAUAUGUUCUCCAUACUCAUGCAUUAUGUGGAUCAAAGUAAUAUUUUUUACACAAUGGCAUCAAAGUAAAUAAUCUGUUGUAUCAAAUAACUGCAAACUAAAGUAAAUGUGUAUUAUUCAAGUUACUAAAUAAACACAGAAGACAAA